GCGCAGCGCAAAUUGAAGCCUCUUUUCUCUAAUUACCGGGCAAACGGAGCAGAGAAAUAACACUAACACAAAGUUUGCGCCACUUUCGCGCAGUUUUCUCCAAACUUUCAAUGGGACCCGACGACUGAGAGCAGCUUGGUCGCAUCCCUCCAGUUGUCCAGGAGCCAGAUACCGAAGCAGCGCAGCACCAUGGUUUACUGCGCGGUUCAUGUGGUGCGCCUCCGGCUCCCUGCAUAUUUACGCAUCGCGUUGCUCUGUCUCAUGCAGUUAGGAGCUUUCACCCAACAUGCUCCGGAGUGCUACCCAGGAGGCCACCGGACGUUACGUAACCCGUACCGCAGCGUUGACUUCGACUCCACUGAGAUCCAGAACACGGCGAUCCAGGAUCUGAUCUGCGACCACUCGCUGUCGCCGGGCUGGUACCGCUUCAGCAUCAACAACAAGCCGGCCGAGAUGCCGACCACCUGCGUGGAGAUGAACCGCUGCGGCACCCAGGCGCCGGUGUGGCUGUCGCUCAAGGACGCCUCGCUGCCUCGGCCCGGCGAGGUGCGGCAGCUGUCGGCCUGCGCCACCUGGCAGUUCUUCCACGGCAGCGCCAAGGACUGCUGCCUCUUCCGCAUCCCCAUCACCGUGCGCAACUGUGGGGACUUCCUGCUCUACUACCUGCAGCCCACCCAGGGCUGCAUGGGCUACUGCGCUAAAGUCACUUCAGAGCUUGGGCCCAGACUUUGUCCACCAGGUGAGGUGGAGGUGAACGGACGCUGCAAAGCGUCCAUCCCAGCCCUGUCAUCCCGGCCCGUCAUCACCACGGAGCUGAUCGGCCACAGCGUCCACCUGAGGUGCUCCUUCGCCGCCGUGCCCUCCAGCCCGGAUCUGGGCUACCAGGUGGUUUGGGCCCGGCACAUCGGCAACAGCAUGAAGGCCGAGAUCCGGCAGGAAUCCACACUGAAGACGUUCUCGCUGGUGGAGAUGGACGGUGUGCACUUCAGACUGGGAGAAACGUUCUCCUGCAGUGUUUCAACGUUUAGAGCCAACUACAGCCACAGCAGAUCUGCAGCUAAAGAGAGUGAGAGUUUCUACGCUGGACUGAAGUUUUCUCCAGACUUGCUGCACGUGGCGGAGAACAGUAAGGAGCACGAGGUGACGGUCCACAGCACCGUGCCCAUCCCCUGCUUUGGACCCGAGCACGGCCGCCAGUGUGGAGUCCCUCUGGCUCUGAGCGUCCACGACCCAGAUAGUCUUGGACAGGAGGCCUCCAACGUGGCGCUGUCCGCCUGCCAGGUGGAGCUCCAGCCCAGCGCCUGUAGGGACGGCAGCUGCGCCCAGGCAACAUUCAUCCUCACCGCUGUCACCGACUUUACUCGCGACGGGAACCGCCACAGCCUCAUAGGUGCCAUGCCUGGCCCCGGUGCCCCUCGACUGUGGAGGAGCUAUGUCCCAAACUCCUUAAAAGUUACGGUUCAGGACAUUCCCACUUCCAUCUGCUACUCCCUGACUGACCCGCAUGUCAUUACCCUGGAUGGCAGGCGAUAUGAAAACCAUCAGACUGGAACAUUCGUCCUUUACCGGAGCCUGACCCGGCAGUUUGAGGUUCACUCCCGCCAGUGGGACUGCGGCAGCCGGCAUUACGCCGUUGCUUGCAGCUGCGGUGUAGCGGCACGAGAGGGGAACGAUGUUGCCGUCUUCGACAUGUGCAACGGCCGCCCGCAGGAAACCAGGCCACAGCUCACCCUUAAGAAUCUGGUCAACCACGAGGGCGACGGGAAGGGCAGCCGGGUCAGGGUCCUCGAGUCCCACCAGGGGAAGAAGGUCACCUUGAUCUUUCCCUCCGGGGCCUUCGUCAGGGCCGAUGUCAGCGACUGGGGGAUGAGCCUGUCCGUCAGAGCCCCCAGCGCCGACUUCGGCAACAUGCGAGGCCUCUGCGGCACCUUCGACCGCAACGGAAACAAUGACUUCCACGGCACCGACGGCGGCGUGUACGGCCCUGACGACCUGCAGCGCUUCAUCGAGGCCUGGAGGAUAGCUCCCGGCGAGAGUUUAUUUGACAAGACGCCUCCUGGGACCAAGCAGGAGGUCAGGAGGCCUUUCUGUCAGUGCCGAAAAGGAUACAGCACCUCUCAUCAGGCCACUGCCGGGAUGGGGAACAUGUACAACCCCUCCGCUCACUCUGACUGCAUCUCCUUCGAUAACGUGGAUUACACAUCUGUGUUCCCCUCCAUGGACACAACGCUGGAAUACAUCAAGAGUCCCGAGCGAGAGGACGGCGUCCUGGCGAUGUCCGCUUUCAACAGCCAUCCUCUAGAGAGGCGGCACUCUCUGUACAAGGAGCAUGGACAACACGGCGAGGGCCAUGAUGAUGAAUUACAUGACGAAUUCAGGGAGGACCUCCUGCUGUCUGUCAACAGGAGGAGGAGACAGACCUUGUACGAGUUCCAGCCCAUCUUCACCGCCCAGAGCCUCAGCCAGGUCGAUCUGGAGAGCUUCGCCUACUUCUUCCCAGAGGAUCACCUGGCGGAAGCCCGGCCGGAGGUUCAGCCCCGCUGGCCCACGCCGAGCGGCCUGACCUCGGCCACAGCUCUGGGGGUGUGCCAGAUGGCCUUGGCCAACUCCACUGUUGGCACGGUGUGCCGGGGGCUGCUGGGGCGCCGCCUGGACGAGGCCGUGGAUCUCUGUAUGCUGGACCUGCAGCUAAAAGAUGACCUGGGCUGGGACGAGGCGCUGCUGCCCUACCUGGAGAACGAGUGUGAGCGGAGACUCCUGGAGAACCGGACACAGCGGGCCCUGGAGGCGGCCAGUGUGCCAGGACAGUCCGGGGAGAUGGUGACGGCGCUGCGCUGCCCCAACUUCUGCAAUGGGAACGGAGAGUGUACCGAAUGGGGCUGCCAGUGCUUUCCCAGCUACAGCUUUUACGACUGCAGCCUUGCCAUCAGCCAGCCGGUUGAGCUGACAGAUCUGGAGAACGGCGGCCUGUGUGACAUCCGAGUCUUCGACUGUCGCAGUGUUCGAGUCUUUGGCCUCGGCUUCAUCGACUCUCCUGACCUCAGCUGUCACGCCACCAGACUGAAGUACAUGAACGGCGUUUGGGUCCCAGGGGAGAAACAGAGGACGAAAGCCAUCUUCCUGAGCUCCAAGGCUUUAGACUGCACCGUCCCGUCGCUGAGCAACAUGGCCAUCCACACCGAAGACUUCAUGAUGGACGACAAGCCGUACGCACGAUGGGAGAUGAAGGUGACCAAUGACGGCUCGCAGUACAGCCAGGCCAAGGUACUGACCAUCUACGACGGCAUCUGCCAGGUCUGCGAGGCGUCGCGCUCAGGACUCUGUAAGUUAAAGGAGAGGACCUGUAACAUCGACGGCAUGUGUUUCACGGAGGGAGACUCCAACCCCAGCAGCCCCUGCCUCCUCUGUGACCCAGAAACCUCCAAGUUCUCCUGGUCCGUCAACCAAGUGAACGAGCCGCCGACCUUCCACCGGCCGCAGGGCGACCUCCGGACGUUCGCAGGCGAGAACUUCGUCUUCCAGUUCACGGCGUCAGACCCCGAGGGCUCGGCGCUCCUCUUCCAGCUGGAGGAGGGGCCAGAGGGGGCCGUCCUCUCCCCGGCCGGCCUCCUCAUCUGGAGGGUCCCACCGCUGUCUGAGGAGGACGACGACGAAGGACGGCAGGAGAGACGCUCCGUCCGCUUCACGCUGUCAGACGAGUGCAACGCCCAGAGCACCUCCACCGUGGAGAUCCACGUGGUGCCAUGUGGCUGUCAAAACGGAGGCACGUGUGUGACGGACGUCAACUUCCCUGCCGGCAGUGGGAAGUACCUGUGUGUGUGUCCCAAGGGGACGCGGGGCGACCUCUGCGACCAGGACGUCGACGAAUGUCUGUCGGCGCCGUGCGUGGCGGGGAAAUGUGUCAACACGGCGAACGGGUACAGGUGUGAGUGCACCGCAGGGCUGAGGGGUGUGACUUGUCUGGAGGAUAUUAAUGAAUGUGAGAGGAAGCCCUGCUUCCCAGGAGUCCAGUGUUUCAACAGCUUCGGAUCCUACAGCUGUGGGCACUGCCCCAAAGGCAUGCUGGGAAACGGGACCACUUGUACAGCAGUCCCCAGGCUGCUCUCCAUCAGUCCCACUACAACAUCUGCUCCUCGUUCAACUGUCUACAAGAUACCAGAUGUUGCACCACAACCCUCCAAAACGAAGACAGACACUCUGCGGAAGACCUCAGAUGUUAGCCCCUCCCAGACAAGAGCCGACGCAAUGAAGAACAGAAUCAACUCACAUCCAUCAAAAACGAAGGCUGACACUUGGAGGAAGAUUCCAGGAGUUAACCCUAGCCCACCCCAAAUCAAACCAGAAAUGUCCAAGAACGUGCCAGGAAUUACCCAAGACGUAUCGCAAAGUGAGAGUGAUGCUUCGAAAAAGGCUCCAGAAAGUAACCCAAGCCCAUCACGGACUAGCAUAGACACAUCCAAGACUAUCCCAGGAGUUACACCAGACCCGGUCAAGUCUGGUCAGUCCAUAACUAAUGAGACCAUUGCCAAGACCUCCAUUGCAGCCCAGCCUUCAGUAAAUGGAAGACCAUCUGCCGGAUCGGGUCCGUCUCCAGCAGCAAACGUGUCAGCUACAUGCGCCAGCAGGCCGUGCUUCCCCGGCGUUCAGUGCAUCAACCGCAGGCCACCGCACAUCGGCUACGUCUGUGGCCGCUGCCCGCCCGGUCUCCACGGCAACGGACGCAUCUGUACCAAGAACGCCAAACUGGCAUCCAAUCACCUUCCCCAGCAGCAGACGUUAGGCAAGACCAGCCGAUCCCUGCACAGCAGCAGCAAAGUCUCCCAGCUCCACCUACCCGUCCUGCCCGCCCGACACAGCAUCAAACACCUGUCCUCCUCUGUCACCAGAGCAAACCGAGGCGACGUGUCUCGGCAGGUUCCCCCUCCGGGAAGAGGAGGCGGGACAGGGAGGAGGGAAGCGGUCACCGCCACUUCGAGAAACACUCCCAGAUCAUCAGUCAGCGCCCUCCAUCUCACCACAAACACACACAUCACCCGGCAAAGUGCCAACCCGAGGACGGGCACCAAGAUGUACACCCAAACAAGCUUGACUUCCUCCAGGGAGUCUGUGGCACCGCAUGCAACUGUCUCCAAGUCUGAUGGAGCCGAGCUGUUGGCCUCCCCGUCCAAGGUGACUCCCUCAGCUCCAGAGCUCUCCUCCGGUCUCGGCAGGGUGACACAGGCUAAACACACCGUCCAGCCACAGCUCAACCACAUGACAACCACCCAGGCCAAACCCUGGACCCCUCCAAAACCCGCCUUCCCACUGACGGCCGCUCUCACCGCUCUCUCUUAUUCUCUGUCGGAGUCGGAGUUCUCUGCAGACGGAGACGUGGUCGAGCCUGGAUCUGAAGGCCCUGUAAUGCCGCAUAUCGUACCUGCCAUGACGCUCACCACGCCGGGCCGGAGGGUCUACAGCUCUCCCCUCCACAGAGCCGCCGCUACCCAACCAGGAGGAAGGACCGGCGUGACAGCAGAAAGGCCUGCGACUUCCUGUGCCGACCGGCCGUGUUUUCCCGGCGUUCAGUGUGAACCGGUGACGGAGGGAGGCUUUCGCUGCGGCCGCUGUCCUGUGGGAUACACCGGAGACGGACGCAACUGCAGAGCUGUUUGCAGACACCCAUGUGGCAGGAACAUGGAGUGUGCGGCGCCCAACACGUGCCGCUGCAAACCCGGCUACACCGGACAGGACUGUCAGACAGCCAUCUGCCAGCCAGAGUGUGUGAACGGAGGUGUGUGCAUCGCUCCAGGUGUGUGUCAGUGUCCCGGAGGUUUCCAUGGAGAAACCUGUCAGGAAGCUCUGUGCAGUCCCGCCUGUGGGAACGGCGGCUCCUGCGUGGGGCUGCAGACGUGCUCCUGCCCCUACGGCUUCGUCGGCCCUCGAUGUGAAACCAUGGUGUGUAACCGUCACUGUCACAACGGAGGUCAGUGUGUGUCUCCAGACGAGUGUCUGUGUCCGCCAGGCUGGACCGGACCGUCCUGCGAGACAGCUCUCUGCUCUCCUGUUUGUCUGAACGGAGGUUCGUGUGUUCGUCCUGAUUCCUGCGACUGUCCUCAUGGCUUCUACGGCUCGCACUGUCAGAACGCGGUGUGCAGUCCUCCCUGUAAGAACGGCGGUCUGUGUAUGAGGAACAACGUGUGCUCCUGCCUGCAGGGAUACACCGGGGGGCGCUGCGAGAAAAGUGUGUGUGAGCCCAUGUGCAUGAAUGGAGGAAGGUGUGUGGGUCCAGAUGUUUGCGACUGUCCUUCAGGUUGGCGGGGGAUGAGAUGCGACAAACCCACGUGUCUGCAGAAGUGUCUGAACGGAGGAGAGUGUGUGGGUCCAAACGCCUGCCACUGCCCGCCGGGGUGGCACGGCAUGCUCUGCCAGAUCCCUCUGUGUGAGCAGAAGUGUCUGUACGGCAGCCGCUGUGUCCGACCGAACGUCUGCGCCUGCCGCGGCGGACUCUCAGGUUCCCUCUGCUCCAGGAAGCUUCCCAUCACACAAGGCUGACCACAGUCCCACGGUCACACAGCAACUCUUCAGGGAUCCAGAGCCACACACACACACACACACACACACACACACACACACACACACACACACAGCAGCAGCAACCGCAAAACAAAACUAUGAUGUCCCAACUCUCUACCAGGGACUCCCAGUAAAGAAAAAAACAACAAAAUACAUCUAUAUAUACUGUAAUAACUGUAAUUUGAAUUUUAAAAAAGUGCAUUUCCCAAACACUAAAUACCAAUUUUAGAGGGGAAAAAAUCAUCACCUCAACUUUAUGACCCAAUAUCCCUGAAUUAUAAAAGACCUCGUUGUGCCAUUUCCUCAAACCACAGACUGAAGUUAUAAGAAAA